AUGUCCUACAGUUAUUCAAGUGGGGGCAGAAGAGAGGGGGGCCUCGGUGCUGUGACCGUGUCCUCAGUCAGCAAGACCAGCUACAGCUCUGGGGGGUCCGGGGAGGCCAGGAGGGGGUCUUCAUCAUCUGCACUCACUCACUCAGCCACCUCUAAGGAGAGGAAGACCACCAUGUCUACCGCCCUGGCGGAGGUCUUCGACGAGAGCUCCAGUCCAAACUCAUCUCCAGAGUACAGCAGGAAGGAGUACGUCACUUCAAGCACAACCUCCACUGCUGCCACCAGAGGGAGAACUCAGAGCAGAGAGAGUGAGAUCAGGACCAGACUUCAGAGCGCUUCACCUCCAGCCAGCUGGACGGAGCUGGACGAUGUGAAGCGUCUGCUGAGGGGGAAGGGCUCGGUCAGCACCAGCCCCUCCACAUCCCCUAACAACACCCUGCCCAUCCCCAAGAAGGCGGAGAGCAGGACCUUCUCCGAGAGCUCGACCGCAGAGCAGUACGGCAGCGUCUGGUCUGGAGGAGUGAGCAGCAGCUACGCCUACAACAGCAACCCCAAUAACCUGUCGUCAGGCUCCGCCCUCUACCACACAGGAGUGCAGAACAACCUGACGAUGGGAUCUCCCGGACUGACAGCCGGCAGCUCAAUUUUCGGGGUUCAGAAUAACCUAGGCAGCACUUCUCCGACUCUCCUAUCUCCUUCUGCAGCCGUGUCAUCCUCGACAGUUUACGGAGUUCAGAAGAACGUUGGUGGAACAAGUGUGACUUCAGCGAGACUGAGCGGUCCAGCUAGUGAGGAGCCACUGAUGAAAGACUCCAAGUUUGUGCUGAUGGAGAAGGAGAACGCUCCGGUGAAGAAGGAGACGGAGCGGCUGGUGAUGGCCAAAGACACUGGGAAGACGUUUAUGUCCGCUGCCCCGGCUCCCUUCUCUACUUCGUACUCUGACGACUCGCUGAAGAGAGAAAAACAGAAACAGUUAUCCAGCACGGUGGAAGAAGGAACUGAGGCUUCCACUGUCAAAGCAUCUACAAAGGAUAAAGCUACAUAUGCAGAGAUCCAGAGGGACGACUCCGGUCUGUCUUUUUGUUCAUGCUGCAGUUGGUGGAAGUGGCUGUUGGGCCUCCUGCUCACCCUGCUGCUCCUCCUCGGACUCCUCUUCGGCCUCAUCGCUCUCGGGGAGGAAGUGAAGCGUCUUAGGAACCGUGUGGACUCGCUGGAGGCCGCCGUUGGCACUGGUGCCGGCGCCGCCACCUCGGCCCGAACCAGCCGGUUCUCCGCCUCCUCCGGCAUCAACAUCAUCGACCCACUGGACUCUCACUACGUUGACCAGAGCUCCUCCUCCGGCCUCACCCGCUCCGACAACACCAUCAACCUGGGAGCUGCGGUGCCCGGAGGAGGAGUGGGAGCAGCAGGAGGAGCGGGGGGAGGAGCCAGCGCCGGGCCAGGGAUGGACGGCGCCUCCCUGCAGAGAGCCGUUCAACAGCUGGUCCGAGCUGAACUCCGCUCGGGACCCGUUCGAGACAGUCUGGUGUACUCUCUGAAAGGAGAACGAGGGGAUCCAGGACCUAAAGGUGAUCCGGGAGCUAUGGGACAUAAAGGUGACGGGGGAUUUCCUGGACUUCCAGGCCCCCCUGGUCAGAUGGGACACCCUGGGCUGGACGGACCUCGAGGACCAAAGGGGAGUGUGGGUGAAACCGGGGCCGAGGGUCCACAGGGCCAGAGGGGCCGGGAGGGGCCGGCGGGCCCCCGAGGAGAACCCGGAGCGCCAGGUUUCGGGGAGAAAGGAGAGAAAGGAGCUGCUGGUGAGCCGGGACGAGCCGGACCGGCCGGGCCCCCGGGACCCUCAGGGGCCAAAGGUGCGAUGGGAGACCAUGGACCCCCUGGUAGUCCAGGCGCUCCAGGAGUCAAGGGAUUCAAUGGAGAGCCUGGUGCACCAGGAGAGAAAGGUGACCGAGGGGCUGUGGGGCUCCCAGGAUCAAAAGGAGACCCUGGAGAGAGAGGCUCGCGAGGCCCAGCAGGUGAACCGGGACAGAAUGGAGCUCCGGGACCACCCGGACCUAAGGGGACUAACGGAGCCGCAGGUGAAGCCGGAGCCACGGGACCUCCAGGAGCCAGAGGACAACCUGGACUUCCUGGAGACGUGGGACCUCCAGGCCAACCUGGACUGCAGGGACCCCCUGGCAUCGCUGGAAAACCAGGAAUACCCGGAGAGAGAGGUGAACCAGGAUCUCCUGGUAAAAUCAUCUCUCCAGCGGGUUCUGACACCGUGGCCAUACCUGGACCUCCUGGACCUGCUGGAGCGCCGGGUCCUGCAGGACCUCCUGGUCUGUCUGGUCCCAUCGGUCCUGCUGGGAAUCCUGGGCAACCUGGUCCAAAGGGAGACCAAGGAGACCAGGGGGAGCAAGGGGAGAGGGGAGAGAAGGGGGAGCCAGGGAAACCAGGCGAGCCUGGAGAAGGGGUCUCGUCAGACACAUUCAGCACCAGUCAAGUCACCUUGUCUGGACCUCCUGGACCACCGGGACCACCAGGACCCCCUGGAGCACCUGGACUUGAAGGUCCACCUGGGGAGACCAGAGAGGGACCUCAAGGACCCCCCGGACCACCUGGACCCCAGGGGCGCAAAGGUCCUGCUGGAGAGCCAGGUAAAGGUGUACCAGGGCCCCCAGGAGAGAAAGGAGAGCCCGGCAGCUUUGUUCCUAACUCAGAGACCUUCUUUGCUGGACCACCAGGACCCCCUGGACCACCUGGACCUGAGGGCCCUCAGGGUAUAGCAGGUGACGAGGGGCCACAAGGAUACCAAGGUGAACCAGGACAACCUGGUCUUCCGGGGAGUCCAGGAGAACCCGGUGUCGGAUUCCCAGGUCAGCCUGGAUCCAGAGGGGCUCAGGGUCCACCAGGACCAGAUGGGGCUCCAGGACCUAAAGGGGAUCCAGGACUUCCAGGUUCACCAGGAGCUCCGGGAUUCUCCUCAGGAGGGGGCUCCUACAGUCCCGGCCCUCCUGGCCUACCUGGACCACCUGGAGCCCCGGGUACACCUGGAGCUCCCGGCAGAGAUGGAUCUGGAACUGGAUCUGGACCUGAUGUGGGCCAGUAUGUUGCAGAGUACCUACAGAGUGGAAGCAUAAGAGAGUACCUGGCUGGUCCUCCGGGACCACCUGGACCUCCUGGUUCUCCGGGUAUUGCUGAGUUUGGUGGGCAGGUGGACGACAUCGCAAACCGAGUUCUUGCAUACAUCCAAAGCUCUGGUCUGCCUGGUCAGGCUGGUCCUCCUGGUCCUCCCGGUCCUCCUGGACCACCCAGUGCCUCCUCGGUCAGUGACAUCAUCAACCUUUUACAGCGAGACGAUGUGAGAAGGUACAUCUCCGGACCCCAGGGACCGGCGGGACCACCGGGACUGGCGGGACCACCGGGACCAGCUGGACCUCCUGGAGGGUCGGGAUACGGCAGUUACUCUAUUAAUACACAGGAGGUGGCUGAACGAGUCCUGAGCCUCAUGGGCAGUCACCAUGGAAAUGGCGUAGGCCCUCAAGGGCCUCCUGGAGUGCCAGGUCUUCCUGGACCACCAGGACCGGUGGGACCACCCGGACCACCAGGGUUCACCAACCACGUUGGCUCAGAUAUCAGAGACUACCUGCAGAGUGUUGCUUUCAGAGGCCCUCCAGGACCCCCCGGACCCCCAGGUCCUUCAGGGCCUCCGGGUCCCAUUCACAGUCUGGUUUCCUUCACCGAGCACUUCGGCCAAGAGAGAGCCAGAGCCCAGAGACAGGAGUACGUCAAGACUGACAGUUUGAGCGGCUCCAUGUUCGGACUUCCGGGUCCUCCUGGUCCCCCAGGACCUCCAGGAAACAAAGGAGAUCCAGGUGUGGCUGGAGAUUACUCUAGUAUGGCGAUCAGAGUGACUGAUUACAUCAAAACUCAAGGUCUCCUCCAUGACGUGGUCACAGACUCAGCUCGGGGCCCUCCCGGACCACCCGGACCACCUGGACCCCCCUAUACAGAAAGCCUGGCUGAAGUUGUGGACUACAUCAAAUCUCGAGGUGUCCUGCAUGACGUUGUGAAAGACUACAACAGCCGGGUCUUCCAGGGACCUCCGGGACCCCCCGGACCUGCGGGACCCCCUGGGUACAGCCACUGGCUCGGUUCCCAUGGAAACGCCACUGAUCUAGUGGAGUACAUCAAAUCUCAAGGCCUUCUACGCGGCCCCCCCGGCCCCCCAGGACCACCAGGGUACAGCCACCUGUUCGGGUCAGACGCCAAUGUCACGGAUUUAGUGGAAUUCAUCCGAAAACACGGAGCCAUCAUGGGACUGCCGGGACAGAAGGGGGACAUGGGACCACGAGGAGAAAGAGGUGAUCGAGGUCUUCCUGGACCUGAAGGACGUCCAGGACCAAAGGGGGACAAAGGAGAGUUCUCGCUGGCGACAAAGAGGAGAAGGAGGAACGUUUGAAAUCUGAAGUUAGAUGUUUACGUUGUAUUUUGUGUCACUUAUAAGGACAUGGGGGACAUUGUGAGGGGUUUUCUUUAGUUGUGAGCUUUAUUUUGGAAUGUUUCCUGUCAG